AUGUCAGCGACAUCUUUGGAGCGUCUAUCCCGUCGUCAUUCUUCGCGAGUGCGAAAUGGCGGUGUCUGCAGAGCUGGUUACCAGCAUCGUCCUUUGGCUGCUGCUCAAUCUUCUCGUUCCCCUGCUCUUCAAGCGCGCGGAGUUCUCUCUCCGCGCAUCCCCCUUGCACUGGCGCUGGCUGCGCGGAGGCAGGAGGAGGGGAAGCCCCAAGCGGAAGCGCAGGGCAAGGGGAGGCGAAUGCGAUAG